AUGAACAGGCGAACUAGCCACUCUAGCUAUAUGAACAAGGAAGGGGAAUACAAACACCACCAAGUGGGAGAACCAAAGGGAAGCAGAAACGAUAUAAGAAAUACAUCAACAGAAAGGUGGAUCCAUGCAAAGGGCCACAAUAAUGAGAGAAGCCAAAGUGGAGAACCAUCCCUUCCUAAGUGGAACCACGCAACCAACUCGAAAAGGGAACUGAUGAGUCGCCAUAAUAAGAAGGGGGGGAGCCAAGAAAUGUUUGCAGGCUCAGGCCAAGGGCCAAACGAGAAUGGCGACGCCAGAAUGGCAAAUGGGAGAACUGCCCACAUGCAAAUUAGAAAUGGGCUAAGUGCUACCACCCAAACCAACGCACACGGCGUAAGACAACCGGCGCAUCGCGGGGGCCCCCCGCACCCCGGAGCAAGCAUGAAAAACAAUCAAGCGGAACAAGAAAUGACCAACCAAAUGGCCCACCAAAGAGAAGUAAACAUCGUUUUGCAUCACCAAAAGGGGGGCAUUGAAAAAAGUGCCUACUCGAAAAAACAUCGUCAGGUUAUGCCCAGAGGGAAAGCAUUAGUGAACGUGUUACAGAGGCCAGAGGGGGGACCUCCCGGUCCAUCUCAUACUAACUCGAGAGAUAGGGACCUCUCCCAGGAGAGCUUCCAAAGGACCCUACCUAGCAGUCGCCUCAUCCAAACGGCUGCACCAAGCAGUCGCCUCAUCCAAACGGCUGCACCAAGCAGUCGCCUCAUCCAAACGGCUGUACCGAGCAGUCGCCUCAUGAGGAAGGAAGAGAGCACUUUCUCUAACCCCAUGUUAGUUCUAAACACCAGAGGAAACAAACCAACACACACGCAGAGUACCUCGAUCAAAACCCGAAUGAUAAGAGAAAAUUUUUUACAAAAACAUAAAACGACACAAAACAACUUUCUCGAAAGGGACACAAGACAGAGGGAACAAAUGGGAAUCCCUCAGCAAGAAUCAUUUAACAAAACAAUAAUAGAAGAUUACCCAACGCACUUUAUUCACUUGAAUGACCGAUGCAGCAGAGAAGGAAGCAUCGAUCAGUCACAUUUUUUAUACAUGAAAAACAACGCCACUUCAAAACGCUUAGAUAUUACAAUGCAAGGAAAAAAGCAUGAACAAAGAAGACACGAAUACAUGAACCAUAAUAAGAACACCUUACAAGGAGAUCACCUUCAUCACAUGAAAGAUCGCCAACAGAGAGACAAACUUAUGCACCUUCAUAAGCAAGGCGCAAGUGUGAAAUUUCCUUAUGGAAUGUAUGUUAAAAAAAGUGUAGGAAGAAAUGGAAAUGGUCAUUCAGAAAAAAUCACCAACGGUAUGAUCAUCGACAGCAACUGUAUUCGAGCUGUUCAUUGUAGGUCAAGGAACAUGGAACUCAUGAACACAACCCACCCCCAGUUUGGCAGAAGAAGAGUUAGCCAGAUGGAGAAUCUGGUCAAGAGGAAGUCAAUUAGGGAUGAAUACAGAAGAGGAAUAUCGUCCGAUGCAACUACAAACACUUGCAGUGAGUCCACUGUGCCUGUAGCGUCAAGUGGGUCAAGCGAGUCGUGCGAGUCAAGCGAAGCGAGCAGCUCAGGUCCAGACUGUGCCUCCCCACUCCAUAUAAUUAACGCGGACAGGCGCCCUUUUUUCAUAAACGAAAACCCAUUUCUAAAGACACCGCUAUCCAUUUUCUCUUUGAAGGAUCCACACAAAACUACACAAACAAAAAGCUACAUAUCGAUUAACAAGGUACAUCAUAAGGAUAUGUGGAAUGGUUCUAAUGACCCUUUUAGGGGUCCAAGGAGUUGUAACCCUACACAGACCUCCUUCGCGACGCGUCCUCCAUACACAUCUGCUACACAAGAAAACAUUUUUAACAAGAAAAGAGAUGGUAUUAACACCCGAGGAGGAAGCAAUAAUCUUGUUUUCAAUUUACCAAACAGAAGUGGCGACUCACACAGGGGCAGUAGAAACAAUUACUCUCACCAUCCACAUGAACAUGUUCAGGCGAUUAGACACAUCAGAUGUGAAGAAAAUGAUCCCUUUGAUGGACUGAACUCAGAGGAAUUCCCAUUCACAUGUGAAAAGUACAAACGAGAGGUGAAACCAUGUGCGAGGGAGACGAAGCAGGAACGUCGUCCUCCCAGUAAAGACAACCAAUUUGCUACCUUUGGAAAACACAAUAGAGAAAUGUGUAUUAGGAUUGAUACCUCCUGUGUCGGCGGAGAUGUUGAUGCCUCGAUCAGAGCUAUUCAAACGAACGCUGCACACAGGGUAGUCGCUGCAAAUGCGGCCAACGUGGUGAAGGCCGCGAACAGGAAUGGGUUACACCCCACGGGAAGCCUAUAUAACCAAAAUCUGCUACACCUCACGCAUGAAAAGGUGAAGAAGGGUCUCACCUUUGACGAAAUGAGGAGAAAGAGCUUCGAAGCCAUGCACGUUAGUCAGUCCCCGAAUCCUCAAAUAAAGUAUAAACAGCACGACAUGCGCCAUGUGCAUGAUUUUUCCAAUUAUUCCAUACACGAAAGGGAAGAGAGAAAUAAAAAAAACGCACGGAGAAGCGUCACCCAGUCGAGUGAAUCACUAGAAACGAAUUGUUUGCCAAAGAAGAGAAAACUAAAUGGAACAGAGGCGAUGGACAGACAAAACCAUAUUAUCAUCCCUCCAAAUGGAGACCCAAACAUGAGCUACAACAAAACGGUGUCUCAUCCUGAGCAUGGCAGAAACGACAAAUCAAUGUUGAGGACCAACUUUAGGACAGAAAAAACAACCACCCCUUUGCAAAUUACAAUAAAAAACAUCGAGAAAAAUGAAAUAUGUGAUAGGACAAAACGGGGACAAGCCAAUCUUUCCACUCGUGAAGAAAAUAAAAAAGAAAAUUGCAUUAACAUACUUUCACAAAAAAAAAACAAUUUCAAAGAGAAAAAUGUUAUGAAGACUUGUUCAGGCAGCUAUCAAAAGGAUCCCCUGCCAGUUUUACGAAAAAAAUUUGCAGUACCUCCAGUGCUCAUUAAUAAAUUGAACAAACAGUUUAACGCUACUGUGGGUAGUAGCUGUGAAGACAAGAGGGGAAAUACAAACACGGAGCUCCUUUACCGCAGAGCAGCAAUAACACAAGUUUCUAACCUUAAUGCAGUUGGGAGAAACAAUGGGGACAUCCGACAGAGAAGCCUAAGUGGGAAUGAUGAGGAAAAAUUAAACAAAGAAAAAUGGAGAAAGAGGGUAAAUAACGUUCCUACAUGGGGUAGUGGCGCCAUGCUAAGUAAAAACUGCGUCGCAAACUCGAAGGCGCCACAAGUGAGUAGCCAAAAGGAUGUUAGAAAUGGUGCCUCUUUUGUCAAAGCAAGCAAAUCACAACAGGCGAAGCAGAGUAACGAUGCACAAAAGGACACACAAGUAGUGGGUGUUGUCUCUACCAAUCUGCGCAGCGCAUAUGCGUUUGCUCCAGGAAUGGGAAAGUUCCCUGUCGCAAAUGACCAAUCGAGAGAGGACGCGCAUGUUGAGGGGGAAAGUGGACCAUUUUGCGACAUCUUCAAUUUGAAUGGCUUGUCAAACGGGAUGAAAACGCAGAAGGAAACAUCGAAAGAUGCCACACAAGAGGCCAUCGUUGCACACGCACCCAAUCCCUGCAAUGGUGCUCCCCUGGUGAAGAAGACGAACCGGACUAAGGUGCCCAAGAACGCAGAUGACAGACCCGGAGGAAAAUCAUGUGAGGAAGAGGAGCUCGGAACAGAAACGGACGACAACCCGGCUGCUCUGAGUGAUGGAGCGACAAGUGCGCUUAGAGACAGACAGGGCGUUACACUCGAGGGCGGGGCCCAAAGGGUUGACGCAACAAAAGCGAGUGACGAGUCCAGUGCGAUCAACGCAGCUAAUGCAGUUGACGCAGCUAACACGGACCACGCCACUGACAAUGCGAAUGCAGUGCGCAUGUGCGCGGAAGCACGCAGGGAGAAGAGACUGCCAGGUAGUGCCUCGGCAAAAGCAUUAUCGAACAAAGACGCUCCCGUGGGCACAGGAGCAGACCUCGCAGGCAAAGGCAAAGAGAAGGACGAAAAGAGCCACACAUCAAAGGAGGAACCAAAUGGAGAGGAAGGUACAACGUGGCCGCAUGAAAGUCAUUACGGAAAGAAUGUAGAGGAGGGGGCUGAUAAACUUAUUGACAAAAAUAAGCAGCAGGAUGUUGCGAAAGAGAAAAAUGAAUGCCUCCCUCUCUUUGGUGAUGUCGAAGUGGUAGGUAAAUUUCUCCAAAUGGAUGAAAGCACAAAGGAUGCUAGCCGCUCGAAUGAUAAAAAGAAGGAAGAGCACGGCGAAGUGCGUAGCGAAGUAAAUGUGGAUGCGGUGAGGACAGACCACACAGUCACAACUGCACACGAGCAAGGACAGUUAGGAGAAAAAUCUCGAACCAACCACGCGACAACAUAUAAUGAAAAGGGAAAAGAAGAGGACCUACAUCAAGACAAAGUACAGAAGAAGCCACUCACAGGGAUGAAGGAUUGGCAACAAGUGGACACCACGGCUGUUGCUUUAAAUGAGGACAAAAAAUUCAGUAUGGAAAAAAAAAAAAAAGAAGAAGUGCAAGAGGAUAAAUCGGAAAAAGCGAAAGAAGGGGAUAAUAAAAAAAAAGCCAAUCAGAGAAAUGAUGAGGACAUAUUGGGCAUAUUGCACUUUGACCUGUUUCAGCAAUUACCUAAAGCACACCGUAAGGAAGGGCACACAGGGAAGGAGACCCAGGAUGCAUGCGCGGGCGAAAAGGAAAGGGUUGUUAAGUGCGUCGCGGAAGAAAUUAACAGACCGUGUGGAAAUGAUAAACCGCGCGAAAAAUUGUGUGAUGCCCCUAGCAGCAACUCGUCUGUAUGCACGCAUAGCAGUGUGGGAAAAAAAAAAAAAAAAAAAAAAAAUGUCCCAACCGCGCGCUCGAACAAAGCAAACACUGAUAAGGAGGAAUUGGGAAUUUGCCUUUUGACAAACGCGAAGCAGCAACGUUCUGUCGAUAUAGAGGAAAAAAUUCCAUGUGAAAAAUCGUCACACUAUUUGAUUGUCGAUACUGCUUGUCCCCGCCCGGAGAAGACUUUUUCGAGACAGAAAAAAGAGGACUCCAGGGAGGAGGACGAGAAGAAGUCUCAGGCGGAUCAAACAAGUGUCAAUCGAAACGAAAAGGAAAGGGAAAAGCUUUCAAUGAUUAACGACAAGCCGGGUGGGGCUGGUGAUGAGGGUGCCAAUAUGAGCGGCAGUGUCAAUGGAAGUCGUGACUGUGUGGACGAUGGGCAGGAGCGUCCAAGCAAGAAAACUCAAAACAACCAGUUUGACCGGAACGACACCCCCCCCAAAUAUUUGGACAUGCAAGAAAGUGCGCAAAGACCGACAACCAAAGUGAUGGCAGAACCGUCGUGUCACAAAAAGAGGAAAAUUAUGAGCGCGAUUCCCCUCCAUCUGGAGGGAGCUGCUCAUACCAGCGAUUUAUUAUUAAGUGGCGAGAUCCACGAAGGGAAUAACGGCGCGAGUAGCAGCGGCAGUAGUAGUGGUACUCCUGGGGAUAAAGGCAAACGAAGCACAAAUGAGAGCCAAGUGGCAGAAGCAAUGGAAAUGAUGGAUGACCCACUAGUGAAUGGCACAUCGGGAAAAGUAUUUCCAAACAAACACCAAAUAAAAAACGUCGUCCUAUCAGAUGAAAAUUUGAUUGAAAAUGAUAACGAGGAUCAUAAAGCAGACCCAUUUUUUGACCUUCCUUUUUCCUACGACUCUCACAUAAUUUACCAAGCGGAUGAGAGGAACGACGAAGAUAGUACCAGCUACAGACAGUCGCUAAACCCAAAUGCAGAAAUUGCCUUUUCACUGAAUGGCGACGACUUGUUUGAUGUGGCAGAAGGGGACGUAGAACACAAAUACGCUAGAGAUGAUCAUGGACAAAAUGGCAAGAUCUUUUUUGAAGAAGUGGUGGAAGAACGGGGGGUUGACCUCCUUCUGCGCGAAGACACCCGAGGAAAACAGCCCACAUGUCUACUCGAAGAAAUGGACGUCACAGCGAAGGAGAAAUGCACCAUGGAAGGAAAAGAAGACAAUCAUCAGCAUCACAUAGAAGCACACACGUCGUCCACUACCCUCUUGGACAACACCUCGUAUGACCUAAACCCAAAAUACAAAAACACACAUCUGUUUAGCGAAUUACACGAAUUACAAACCGAUGAGAAUAACUUGCAGCAGAACCCAUACGAAUCGCAGGAGAAUCUGAUGAAGCUAUUGAAUUCAAAAUUUGAGGAAUACGAAGGGGAAGCAGCAGUGGAGAAGGGAAACAAAAUUGAUACAGGUAGAUGUGACGGGGAGGACGACAACAGGUUGUGCCAGUCAAGUGCAACAGAUCAAUCUGUACACAGAAAAUAUGAACCGAACCUUUUUAACAACUUAGCUCAGCAGAACAUGGAAGGAGAGCUUGUACAAAACUACAAGAAUGAGUGCUCCAUCGCGCAUGGUUAUACGAAUGUUUCUACGCAAAGCAGCCACCUGAUGGAACGUUCCGAACAGAACCCAUUCUGCAUUGGAGAAAAUGCGAACAACGAUUUUGUGGAGUAUGUCCUAAGGAACAGACUGAACGUCACCUUAGACUCUCACUUCAUUAAUGAAAACGAAUCUCUGAAGAAAAAAGAUGAUCUCCAAAUUAAUGGGUUCAAUUUUGUCGAGCAGAUAGAUGCACUCUACCAGAGGAGGGAAACGAAUCAGAACCCAACUGGCUGUAGCGACUCUUCCCUUGUUGGAAGCAAUGGUGAAGUGAACCACCUGCACAAGGGAGCGGACCCCUCUUCUGGGGACAUCAAUCAUGAAGCUGCAAAGAAGGAAGAUACCCUUUUACAGAACGACCAAAUGAGAAACAUUGCUCAUAUGAAUACGUCCAUUAUGAAUGUAGGUCAAGUGGAUGAGGGGGGGAAGGAUGAUGGUAGCAACUGCGGUGAUAGGUCUGCUAACCAGGUGGACGAUGGACAGCCCCCUGCUGAUCUACCUCACACGAGUGAACCGUGCCGUGAUGUAAUUAAGGAUGAUUGCUCACAGAGGGAAGACGACCCCCACUCUGCAGCUACAGGAGAUCUUCCUCAAAGGGGAGCCGUUAUUGCAGGUAACCGUGGUAUUUGUGUGGAGAAGGAAAAACAGAAUGGCCAUGCGGUUGUGAGCAGUGUAACCUUACCAGAUGGGAAGGACCACGGGGUAUCGGGAGAGCACACUCUGAGAACCCUUCCAGGGGAUGGAGUCAGCGAAUUUUCUGUACCCUGCUCGAAGGGGAAGAAAAUUACUAUGCAGGAAGAUGAAGGCUAUGCCACGCUUGACUUGGAACAGAUCAACGUCCUGGACGAUCUUACCAUGUGUGAUAAGAGCGGGCUAAUUGUUUGUUCUUCCUUUGCGAAACCCAAAGGCCCCGAGAAGACGGAACAGGACCAAAACAGCAUGAGCAGUAGGAGCAGCACGGAUGGAAAAACGGAGGGGGGAAAGCUCCCCCUGAACAAGUGCACUGAGGAAGACGACUUGGCCAUAGCCAACCUGGACGUCCCGUCGGGCGACCUACCCAGUGGAAGUCUGUUUCAGUUUGUUACCCAGGGCUCGUCAGAUGGCAAUCUUUCAGAGGAACAGGAAGAUGAGGACGUCGGCCACAAGAACGACGACCCAGCUGCGGUGCAUCACAAGACAGGCCACUCGGAGGUAUCAGCAAAUGAGCCAGCAAGAGAGGGUGAAGGUAGUGUGCCUCACCCGGUUAGCCAGUUAGAUGAAGGAUCUUCGUUGGGAUCUAAGAAGUGGGGUGGUGUGGAACGGGAGGUCACUGGGGGAGGAGCGUCCACAUUGGACGUCACAACAGGGGAGGUGUCCACGAGAGAAAAAGUGGAAGACGCGGAGUUAACUUUCAACGGGACAUCGGGCGAGUCAGUGCCGGAGAAGGAGGCGUGGGGAGAGUGCAUCAGCAGAGAGAGCGAGCAGGUACCAACCCUCUGUGUAAGAAAUGAGACAGAGGAUCCUAUCAACGGGAACGCCACUCCAGAAGAUAAUAUACCGCUUAAAGGCAAAGAUGAAGAAAGAAAGGUCUCCCCCCUUUAUGCAAACCACCGUGUGGAGGCAGAAAAACUAAAUCAGGACAUCCCUUACAUAACGAACAUACACAAAGAAAUGCACAGAUCGCCAGUGAUGCCUCUUCGAAUAGAAGCCUUUCACUCGCUAGAAGACCAAAGGUUAAUAUAUGGAAGACCCGAAUGGCAAAAGUAUCUUUGCCCCUUGUGUGACAAAGCCUAUUACACCCCAAACAGCUACAUGAAGAAUUAUACCCACUACCUAAAUGAGCAUUGGAAGAAGAGAAAAAUCAUCGGGGGCUACAUCAUAUUUCCAUGCAAGUUGAUUCAUAACGGACUGGAAGAGCAGGAAGAGGACAAGGAAAAGUCAUACCUAAGGAUUAGCAAAAAAAUGAAAAAAAAAAAAAAAAAAAAACUUUUUACAGAUCCCCAUUACCAUUGUCCUAUAUGCAUAAACGUGCACUUCACAGAAUACGUUGUGCUAACAGAGCACUGCGUGAAAUUGCACAAGUCGUCCGGUGCAGACCCCUCGAGAACACUCCCAUCAGAUGUGGUACACACGCCGUUUAUCAACAGUAACGACUACUACUGCGCGUUGAAGAAAUUCGAAUCGGAGAAAAAUAUCAUCAUUGAAGCAGUGAAUAAUUGUGCCAGUAGCUCGGGUUCAACUGACGAUGCUCCGUCUGCGCAGUUGUUGGUGAGCAACAGUACCACCACAUCUGCCUCGCUGGAGAAAGGUCCUACCCAGAGUGAACAGAAAAACAAGGGGAAAAACAGGAGAACUAGUAGAGUCAUUUUUUGUGACGAGAUUCAAGUCAGGGAAUACGACAUUGAGUUGUCGCGCAUUGAAAAGUUCGGUGCGAGCAUCGGCCCCGUUUUUACCGAGGAGAAGGAGCAGGAAGCUACGCCAAGCACGGUGAGCGAGGCAGGAAGCGCCUUAGAACUAACGGGCCAACCAGAGGAGGGAGAACAAAAUGGAGCGCUGCAAGGUGAAGUGGAGGCAAAAGAUGGGGCCCCCAUAGAGGAAGACACCGCGCAAGAGCAAGACAUCAAGUGGGCAAUGGAUAAGGACGACCCAAAGGACAAACCGAUGAAAAAAUGCAACAAAGAUAUCUCUGUAAACCUUGAAGAUAUUCAUGUGGACGGAACAUCCGACCAGAGUGGUAGUGCCAAUGUGAAGGACUCUGUAGACGUUGCAAGAGGCGAAAGUAAAAAGGACCAAGACCCAAACACGCCCGUGAUGGGCAAUACAGAAAAGAAAAUAAUAGAAAGGAGAAAAAAGAAAAAUCAGAAUGAAAAUUCAAACGGAAGUUAUACACCCAAUAGGAAGAAUCUCAAUGGUGGUAACAGAAAAGGGGUGUCUAACAACUUAGACGAGACCCCUCUUGUAAAUGGUGAAAGAAAUGAGACAAGUGGUGACCACAUGGAUAUACACACGGAGGACGGCAAAGGAAAGAACAAGUGUGGGGGAGAAGAACAGCCAUGCGAAGAGGAAAACAUCACAUCGUCGCUUAAAAAUUAUCAACCGGAAGUGAUCGACGGAGAAAAGAAAGUAGAACAAAUUGUUCCUCAAACGAAGAACGCUCCCUCCCUGAACCAUGUCAUUAAGGAAGAAAAUAAAACAAAGGAUGAAUCGGGAGAAAAAAAAAUCGAUGAGGAACAUUCUACAGGUGCCUCCACCAACGAAAGUGUCAAUCCAAGCGGAAGUGUAAAGGUGGAAGCUGACCCCCCUCGAAGUGACAGCCUAAAUGAACUCAUCUCAUCCCUCUUUAGCAUUGAUAAUAAUAAUAAUAGCCCCUCUUCAAACAGCGAACAUAAAUCAGUCCCAUUUUCCUGCCUGCUGUACGAAGAAAAUCUGCAGAUAAAGGAACAGCCACUUAACGAAAUAUUACUCGAAAACAGAAUUGAAAAUAGCAAAGAAAAUAUAUUCAUUCCUGUGAAAAAAAAAGUGGGUAAGCGCAUGCGCAACGGAACUGACAACAUGCACACACAGAUCAUUUCAAAAUAUAAAAGGAAGAUCAAAAUAUGUGCCUUAAAUGAACAGAAAAAGGAAGGCACGUCUUUCUUCGAUUUUAAAAAUUACGAAAAUGUGUAUAUGCCGCCAAAAAACGUCAGCCUGAAUUUACCCGCCGAAAAGGAGACACACAUUUUGAAGAAGGUAAUCCGGCAAAAGAAGAAGGAGAAAAUCCCGUCCCUCCAUAUCAACUGCAGGCAGAGUGCCCGGAUAAAGAACCGGAACAAAUUGGCGCAGUAG